AUGAAGAAUAUUUAUCAGGUAAACUUCGACAGUGGGGUACAUCUUUCGAAGGGAUUUCACGGCAACGAAUACCUACAGUGUAUUGGACCGCUGCAACAACGGGACAACACCUAUGGAUUAAGUGCUUAUCCCUUUGUGAGUGGAAUGAACAACAGGAAUGUCCCAUGUUGUCCUAACUGGGCAAACGGAGGGGGCGCAGCUCACAGUGGAAUGGCAGCUCCCAACAGAAUGGAAGUUCCCAACAGAAUGGUAAUUCCAAACGGAAUGGCAGCUCACAACGGAAUGGCAGCUCCUAAUCGAAUGGCAGCUCCUAAUCGAAUGGCAGCUCACAGCCAAAUGGUAGCUCCCAACGGACUGAUACCUCCCAACAGGAUGGUAGUUCCCAACGGAAUGGCAGCUCACAACGGAAUGGUACCUCAGAACGGAAUGACAGCUCACAACGGAAUGGAAGUUCACAACCGAAUGGCAGCUCAUAAUCGAAUGGCAACUCACAGCCGAAUGGCAUCUCCCAACGGACUGAUAGAUCACAACAGAAUGGUAGUUCCCAACAGAAUGGUAGUUCCCAACGGAAUGGUAGUUCCCAACGGAAUGGUAGUUCCCAACAGAAUUGAAGUUCCCAACAGAAUGGUAGCUCCCAACGGAAUGGUAGCUCCCAACGGACUGGCAGUUCCUAACCGAAUGGCAACUCACAACGGAAUGGCAACUCACAACGGAAUGGUAGCUCACAACGGAAUGGCACCUCACAACGGAAUGGCACCUCACAACGGAAUGGCACCUCACAACGGAAUGGCAUCUCACAACGGAAUGGCAACUCACAACGGAAUGGCAGUUCAUAACCGAAUGGAAGUUCCCAACAGAAUGGUAAUUCCCAACGGAAUGGCACCUCACAACGAAUUUUCCAUGUAUGACGACAUCGCAAUAUACAACCAUAUCGCAGAGGUCGACAGAGUGGUGCCGCAGGGCGAAUGCGCCGAUGAAAAUUUGUCUGGAGGGGAAUCCAUGGGUGAGAAUGCCACUGCACAUAUAGAUCUAAGCGCUUCGCAAAGAAACGUAGAGGAGUCUCCCUUACAUGAUAAUACCCAUAGGGAAUCAGGAUCAGCAAAUGCAAUCAACGUGAAUGUCGAAGACAGCGUGAGCAACACAGACAGUGCAGAAAAUACAGAUGACGCAUUAAACGACAUCAGAGCGCGAAACCAAAAUAUGCAAGCUACUAAGGAUGAGGACGAGGAAUUUCUGAAUAUAUACAAUCAAAGUUUUUGCUGUGACACUGAUUAUUCGUGCGACGAGUCAAUAAGCGAUAUCGGAAAAAAAGGGGAAAAGGAAAUAACAGAGGAAGAGGCAUUCAUUCUCCGACGUAUGCAGGAAGUUUUGGAUGACCGAAAGCAGAGCGAUUUGAUUUGCCAGUCGGAUGACCGAAAGCAGAGCGAUUUGAUUUGCCAGUCGGAUGACCGAAAGGAGAGCGAUUUGAUUUGCCAGCCGGAUGACAGAAAGCAGAGCGACUCGAUUUGCCAGCCGGAUGACAGAAAGCAGAGCGACUUGAUUUGCCAGCCGGAUGAGCAAAUGAUUAGCGACUUGAUUUUCCAGCCGGAUGAACAAAUGAUUAAUGCCUUUAUUUGCCAGCUGGAUAACAGAAUGAUUAGAGACUUGAUUUGCAAGCCGGAUAACCGAGAGAAGGGGCUAAAAGGGCGCUGUAAAAGGGACCACAAAUUUGCCUUUCAAAGUGGCAGUCAAUCUUCCUCCAAAAAUGCACUUAGAAGUGCCUUUAAAAAUGGCCUCGAAAAAGAUCUCACCGGGGAACAUAGUAAUACGCACGAGAAAGAGCACCAGAACGAGCACAGUAUGACCAACGCGGAAAGCUAUGAACAAAUGGAGAAAAACAUGGCGAAACGGCAGAAGAUGUUCUUGCCGCGAAAAUGAAUGCCGAGAGGUGGGGGCGUGGCGGCAGCAGGAGCCGAAGUAGCAACACAAGUGGGAGAAGUAGGAGCGGCAGAAGAGGAAGGAGUGACAGAAGAGGAAGGAGCGGCAAAAGGGGCAGACGUAGCAGAAGUGGCCGUAGUGAUCGUAGUGGUCGUAGUGGUCGAAGCAGACGGCGUGGCCGAAGUCGCGAUGCUCGCGACAGCUGCGAUCGCCCAGGACGCCGAGCGCGCCACGCAGACCGAGAGGAUGAAGAGGAUGAUGAGCGUCAUGCCAUUCGAAAUAGGCGAUCUGAACACAGGAGGCAGAAAAAGGAAAUGAAUGUCCAGAGAAAGCAGGGACACUGAUCGUAGCGAGUUCCCCAGUUAUGACAGCAGUAGAGAAAGGGGCAAGGGACGGAAUAACGAAUAUGAUAACCGGCACAGGCGUCACAGAGAAGACAAACAAAGAAGAGGAAGCAACAGGGAUAAGGAUGAUAUGCAUAGUUACGACCAUCACGAGAGGGGUAAAAGUUCAGAGAAAGUUCAUGUAAAAAAAGACGAGCAGAAAGAUGCUGAAGAAGGGGAAGAAACAAAUAAAAAUGAGCCUAAGGAAGAGGCGAAUUUCAACCCCUCGGGGUUACUUGCACAGGACAAGAACUACAAAAAUGGAGUAGAGUUGAAGUAUAUCGAAAGUAUAGACGCCGAGCUUCCGGAUAAGAAGUGGAGAUUGUACGUGUUCCUCAAUGCGAACACGAAAGACCCUGCGGAAAUACUGCACUUACACCGCAAAUCAUGCUACCUAAUUGGAAAGGACGAUUUGGUGGUAGACAUAAAGCUGGCAAACCCUACCAUAUCGAAGCAGCACGCGGUAAUACAAUUUAAGAAGCAUGAAAGCGAAGUGCUGCCCUUUCUCCUCGAUCUGAGUAGCACCAAUGGGUCAUAUUUGAAUAACGACCUAAUCGAGCCGAACAAGUUCUACGAAUUGAGACAAACUGAUAUACUACGGUUUGGAAGUUCAGCGCGAGAAUAUGUCCUACUGCACGAUUCCUCGGAUAACCCUUCGCAUGCCUGA